AUGGAGGGGUUAUUAAAUUGUCAAAAGGAUAUCUUUAAUAGAAUAUCAAAGGCUCAAAUAAACUUUAAAAAAUCUCCUAAAGAGCGAAUAACAGAGUCUUACGUAGAAACAAAACUUGAUAAUGUAGAACAGUUAUGGCUUGAGUUUAUUACUACACAUCAGCAAAUAAUUAAGGAAUAUAAAUGGGAAGAUAUACAGCGUAGUUUCUAUAUUAAAGAAGAUGUGUAUGAGAAAACUGAGGAAAUGUUUGUGGAUUAUAAAAGUUUACUUAAAAAAUAUUUAAAAUCAUUUAAUCAGAAUAAAGUAACAAGUGAUGAUAAAGGUUCCGGUUCUUCUAAGACCAAUAAUGGAUCCUCUUCUGCAGUCAAAUUACCCAAAAUUACUAUCCCAGCAUUUUCCGGACGAUAUAUAGAAUGGGCAACAUUCAGAGAUAUGUUUGUAUCGUUAAUUCAUUCCAAUGAGUCAUUAGAUGAUGUUCAAAAGUUACAUUAUUUAAAAGGACAUUUGACUGGAGAAGCGGAGCAGUUAAUAAGACAAGUUCCAGUAACAUCUGCAAAUUAUAAACAGUGCUGGGAACAGUUAGAGAAUAGAUACAAUAACAAACGAUAUUUAGCUAAUUGUAUUUUAAAGAGAUUAUUUAGCCAAAGGUCUUCAAAUAAUGAAUCGGCAUCCGCAUUAAAAGAUUUAUUAGAUACCACAACUGAUUGUAUGCACGCCUUAAAAAAUCUUGGAGUAGAUGUAAAUUCGUGGGACAUCAUUAUAAUACAUAUUGUUAAUUAUAAAUUAGACCAAGAGACACGCAAACAGUGGGAGCUGAAGAUAUCUGCUGAAAUUUCAAACGAUCUACCUACUUACAAUCAGUUUUCUGAGUUUCUACAAAGUAGAUUUAGAGCUCUAGAAUGUAUAGAACCGAGGCAGAAGUCUUCAAUUCCUAAUAGCGGAUCAUUUCCUAAAACAAAAACUUGUAUGCAUGUGACUACUAAUGUAGUUUGUGAAUUCUGUUCCGAACCUCAUAAAUUAUGCUUUUGUACGAAGUUUGCAAAAUUAGACUACAGUAAUCGUUACGAAUUUGUGGCAAAAAAUCGUCUGUGUUUUAAUUGCCUGGGCGGCAACCACUCUGUCAAGUCUUGCCAGAGUACUGUUAGUUGUAAAGUUUGUAAAAGAAAGCAUCACUCCCUCUUGCAUCCAACUGGUAAAAAACGUCCUGAGAUCUCAAGUUCUGUCAAUACAUCAAGUAAUGUUGAAUUAGUAACUAACGACGAUAAAGUUGAAACGGCUUUAGGUGAAUCGUCAUCUAGUAAUGUAGUGUCAUGUUUUUCGACGGGUCAAAUGGCAGCUCAUAGCCAAGUGUUGCUAGCUACUGCACUUAUACAAGUUGAUGCUUAUAAUAAUGAGAGAAGAUUGAUAAGGGCAUUGCUUGACCAAGGAUCGCAAGCAUCCUUCGUUACAGAAUCAACUGUUCAGUAUUUGGGAGUUAAGAAGAUUCCAGUGAGAGGGACUAUAUCUGGUCUGGAUGGAAACAAGAAUGUAACUGUCAAAUACAUGGUUCAACUAAAGGUACGUUCACGUGUUAAACCUGAAAUAGUAAUUAAUGUGCAGGCGUAUGUAUUAAAAACAAUUACCACGUUACUACCAAGCAAAAAGGUAAUUGAAUUAGACUGGUUAGAUUUAAAUGGAAUUCAGCUAGCAGAUCCACAAUAUCAUACUCCUAACAAAAUACAUAUUUUGUUAGGAGCUGAAGUGUAUGGGCAAAUUAUUGAAGAUGGGUUAAAACGGGGACCUCGAGGCUUACUAGUAGCUCAAGCUACGUCACUGGGAUGGAUACUUUCUGGGACUGUCGAUGAGAUAUCUAACUCAGAUACUAAUAUUGUAGCCAUGCAUUUAUGUACAGAUGACAAUAAUCUCCUCAAGAAAUUUUGGGAGAUCGAGAAUGAUCCUCAUUCAUCAAAACGAAUUUUGACAGAAGAAGAAACUUUUUGUGAACAAAUAUAUAUGGAGACCACACAACGAGAUAGUACUGGAAGAUACAUCGUGAAGCUUCCUUUUAAGUAUGAAAAUCGUCACAUGGAGAAGAUACCUGAAACAGAAAAGAGUAAUCAAUUAAGUUUUUACUUACCUCAUCACGCGGUCGUUAACAACAACAAGGAUACGACAAAGGUUCGUGUCGUAUUUGAUGCUUCUGCAAAAAACAAAAAUGGCGUUUCAUUAAAUGACAUUUUAAUGAUAGGGCCAAGACUGCAGCCUGAAUUACGCCAUUUAAUCAUGCGAUGGAGAAAACCUAAAAUAGUCCUAGCUGCUGAUAUUAACAAAAUGUACCGUCAAGUCAAAGUGUAUGAUCAAGAUGCAGACUACCAACGUGUGCUUUGGUAUAAUAAUAAAAAUGGACAAAUACAAGAUUACAGAUUAAAAAGACUUACCUUUGGUACGGCGGCUGCUCCCUACUUAGCAGUGAAAACACUGCAACAAGCUGCAGUAGACGAAGGUAUAAACUAUCCAAAUGUAGCUGAAAGGGUAAAAACUGAUUUUUAUAUGGAUGAUCUUUUGACGGGGUGUGAUACAGUAGAAGAAGGUGCUAUUAUUUAUGAAGAAAUGAAUGAGCUAUUACGAAGAGGAGGGUUUGAAUUACAGAAGUGGAUGACUAAUAGUGAGGAGUUGUUAAAUAAAAUCAAGCAAGGAAAGGAAGAAACACAUGAAGGGUUCAAGCUAAAAUUAGAUGAAGUAGUUAAACUCUUAGGACUUACCUGGAAUCGAUCAGCAGAUGUCUUUCGGUACUCGGUAAAUCUUCCUCCGGAAUCUGGGCCUGUAACAAAAAGAAAGAUUAUUUCGGAAAUAGCAAAAAUAUUCGAUCCGCUAGGUUGGGCAGCUCCUAGCGUGAUCAUAGCAAAGGUAUUAAUUCAAAGGCUUUGGAUUUUAGGAGUAGGAUGGGAUGAUGAAAUUCCAAAUAAUAUAAUUAAUGAGUGGUGUACUUACCGCAAAGGCUUGUCUCAAUUGAAGAAAAUUGAUAUACCAAGAUGGUAUGGAUCUCAAUUCACAUCCUCACAAGUCGAAUUGCAUGGCUUCUCAGACGCGUCGAAGAUAGCGUAUGCAGCUGUAGUUUAUAUACGAUUAAUAGAUGAACAGGUGCUUCUGACUCGACUAUUAGUCGAAAUAGCAGAGAUUAUAGGUGUAUCGAAGACUGAUAUUAGAGCUUGGACAGACUCUACGGUAGUAUUAGCGUGGUUGAAUAGCCAUCCGAGCAAAUGGCAAACUUUUGUUGCUAACAGGGUAUCCGAAAUUUUGUCAACUUUAGAUUCUCAACAAUGGGCACAUGUAACUUCAAGUCAAAAUCCUGCCGAUUGUGCGUCACGAGGAGUUAGUCCAUUGGAUUUAUGGCAAAAUACGAGAUGGUUCAAUGGACCGGAGUUUUUAUAUAAACACGAAGUGCAAUACGAAAGGCCGAAGAGCAUUGUUACACAUUUAGAAGAAUGUAAAGUUCACGUAAGUGUCACGGAAACUACAAUUUGGGAUCGGUAUAAUUCUUUAACAAAAUUAAUUCGAGUGGUCGCGUAUUGUAAACGUUUUCUGAACCGGCGGAACAAUCAGGAGAGAUCAAACACUGCUUUUCUUUCAACUAAGGAAUUAUCUGGUGCUUUAGAAACAUGUAUCAAGGUUUGUCAAAUGCAAAGUUUCAGUGAAGAGAUAGCGCAUAUUAAUAGAAAUAAAGAGUACAGUACAAUUAAAGGCCCACUGAAGUCCUUGAAUCCUUAUAUUGACAAUCUUGGAAUUUUACGUGUUGGAGGACGACUCGAACAAUCCCAACUCAAUGUAGACGCCAAACAUCCAAUAUUAUUGCCAAAAAGGUCAUCCUUGACGCAUCUUAUUAUUGCUGAUGCCCAUAUGAGAACGUUACACGGAGGUCCGCAACUUAUGUUAGCCUUUAUCGGAACUAAAUAUUAUAUUUUGAGCGCGAAAUCAUUAGUUAAGGCGUAUGUUCGCAAGUGUGUCAAAUGUAUGCGCUACUCUGCCGGUACUUCUACCCAGUUGAUGGGACAACUACCCACAGCAAGAGUGUCGCCAGGAAGACCUUUUCAGUGCAGUGGCAUUGAUUAUGCAGGACCUAUAAAUAUUAGAACUACAAAAGGUCGCGGACAUCAUUCUAUGAAGGGGUAUAUUUGCCUUUUUGUAUGUAUGACCACAAAAGCCGUUCAUCUUGAGGUAGUUAGUGACCUUACCACACAAGGAUUCUUAGCUGCUUUCAGACGAUUCGUUGCUCGCAGAGGUUUAUGUACAGACGUGUGGAGUGACAAUGGGACUAAUUUUGUCGGUGCCGCCCGCGAAUUACGAACAUUGUUUGCUGCAGAAAAUAAAAACAUUGCAAACGAGGUCGCUGAAAUUUUAGCCACGCAAGGAACAACGUGGCAUUUUAUCCCACCGCACUCACCUAAUUUCGGAGGGAUCUGGGAAGCCGGGAUAAAAUCCACUAAAUUCCAUCUAAAGCGAUUAGUUGGCAAUUUGACUUUGACAUACGAGGAGUUAUCUACAACUUUGGCUCAAAUAGAAGCGUGCUUAAAUUCACGUCCUUUGACCAGAAUAGAUUCAGAUCAAGAUACAAUUGAUGUUUUGACGCCGGGGCAUUUUCUUGUUGGUGGUCCAUUGCUAACCGUUCCAGAUCACAAUUUUGAAAAGUCCAAUAUUUCUAGUCUUCAAAGGUGGCAGUUGAUACAGAAGGUGACACAAACUUUUUGGAAACGGUGGUCUCAAGAAUACCUUACAAGGUUUCUUCAUCGGUAUAGGUGGUCAUAUCAAAAGCCAGAACCUGAAAUUGGGGACAUAGUUUUAAUAAAAGAAGACGACUUACCUCCUUGUCGAUGGCUACUCGGACGCGUAAUUGCCAAACAUCCGGGUAAAGAUAACAUCACGCGAGUAGUGACUAUACGAAAUCAGAAUUCAGUAUUCAAACGCCCUGCAUCCAAAUUAUGUGUGUUACCAGUUACUGAAUAA